AUGACUAAUAGUUUGUUUUUAUUUACAUUUACAGAGCCAAAAACACCAAUCGUCCAUCAACCCAGCCAACAACACACCAACCAAAACCAACAACCUUCCGUCCAACCACAUCAGACUGCUUCGGAAAAAUCAUCUCCAUCCGUCGAUCGACCGUAUCUUGGACAGACGUCUUUGUUGCCAGCAACAAGUACAAGUGCAAUUAAAAGUGAACCCGGUUAUGAUUAUAGUAGCUGUGUUCAGAAUCAACCUGCGUACUCUUAUCAACAGAUCUUCGGAUUUCCAGGAGGUAGUGGCAAUAACGAAGUGGCCUACCACCAUCAACACCAUGUAACGGCAGCGGCCAAGCUUAUGGCAUCUUCGUAG